UUCAGGUGCCUAUUGAGUCCUGCGACUACCUUGUAGACCUAGACUUCCCCGAGCACCCGGUUUCAUCGCUUCUAGAACCGCGAUAUGCAGUCGAUAACGAGACCUGGGAGCGAGUUUCAUGCCUCCCAUUCCUCGAUGCGUCACGCUCGUCACUUUUGACCCGCACGCUCUGGCUCCCUGGUUCGUGGUGGCAAGACAAGAACGAGUUCGGAGAUUACUGUCUUCUGAAAAAUAGGGAUAAGGUGCACAAAAAAGAGGACGAAGUUGCGUGGCGGGUGCAGGAGGGAAAGCUGUAAGAUGAUGUCGUACGUGGUGACGCUAUGUGGAUAUGUGUGCAAUAAUAGUUGUUGUCAGCCACCGUGAGCAUCCAAGCCGAGAAUACGGCUGACGAUUUAGAGAACGAUGGUACUACUACUUGACUGCUACAGUCAUUUUAUCUUCCUCGCUAGCCCACUCAUUCGCAGAAAUUAUGCUGUCCUCAACGCACGUCCGUUUGACCCGCACUUCAUCUGACUUGCGUUUGCUUGCUACUGUGGUUUGCCCUCCGUCACCUAUUCUCAACUCAAGUGACCUACUAUCACCAAGCACGUCUGGUGAAAUACCGCUCAUUAUCGACUUCGUGAUUGACAAAUUUUCUACGCCUUUGAACUCGCCCCUUAGGUUUGGAUAUGACACCGACGUAUGCACCCCAGCAAAAGCGAGCAGACUUGAGAUCGACGUAGCAGCUGCACAGGGAAGAGUCGCGAAGUUGCCUAGGUCCCAGAUUACAGCCUCCUCGCUAGCAGCACUGUCUUCUAAUCUUGCAAGCCCCCGUAGUGUCGGCGAAUCACUGCUUGACGAAGUCUUUUUCACUCCGAAGUCAUCUCAAUCGUCCCAGUCGCUCCUCUCUACUCCCUCUCCUUCCCCAAGCCCCCUCUCUAAGUCUCUGUUCCAGUUGACGCAAUUGCGUAGCUUGGCUAUAUCUGACUCAGUCGGGUCGUCGCUAUCAGAACCCCCCAGUGCUAGGACUGUUCUCGGAGGCGCAAACCGACAAGCCUGGGUUUUCAACCCGAGAAUGACUUCCGAUUUAUCCACGGCUGUUCCUGUAGAGGACAAAGAGAACGGACAAACUGUAUACCUUUGCACGUCAGCGACAUUCUCGACACUGCCGACACCUUCCUUUGCUCCUCCGUCGCCAUCGCCUAGUGUAGAUGUGAUUUCUCCCAUAUCUUUUACAUACUCCAGGAAGCAUCGCAGACCACUGGAACGCUCGGGAGCCAUUCAUCACUUGAAGACCCCUCGUUCAAUCCCAAGAACCUCUCGGCUCCAUCUACAUGCCCGCGAGCCCCAGUCCCCAAUCAUCGUACCUGUACCUACAAUCCGCUGGCAACUCACUGAUUCCCCGUCAGCAAGCUCCAUACAUUCGUGUCCUUCUGCAAGUACUACCCCGGGCGACUCAUGCGUCUCUAAGCAUCCCUAUCUUCCAAGUGAUCUGGCUUGGCUCGGAGGAACCGAAGUUGAGCUCUGGAUCGACCAGGAAGGCUUCCGCGCGAUCCGGCCCAUGAUGCGACUGAUGGGGUAUUCCCCACGCUCCCGUUCACUCCUCCCAUAUGGCGAGCGCGGCGUCUUCUCCGACGUGAGCGGAGGCGUUGCGGAGUUCAUGCCCAUCAAGCGGGAGAGCUUCGCAUUCCACUAUGCGACUCUCGAUGGUCUGCCGAUGCUACGGCGCGUCACUGUGGGCGGGGACGAGUCGCGUGACUAUCUCUCUCGGCACGCGGCGCUGAACAUCAAGACGAAUGGUGUGUAUACUGUUCUCGGAAGCGAGAGUAUGGUGCUUGGAAGCUCGCAGGAGCACGUGAAGAUGCAAUGGAAGUUCGAUUACCUCGUGGAUGACCGUUAUACGGACGGUUCACGACGGGUCCUCCCUGGCGAGAAAAUCGUCACGCCAUUGACGUUUUCAUGUUCUCCAUUCUUGCUGCACCCGAUGCAGGGUAAGAAGGUCGGGUUCGUGCAUCUCCUGAAGAAGAGUGUCGUACCGAAGCUCUCCGCGGAGAAGCUGGAGCCGCCUGAGCCUCCCAAAAAUGUAGGACAGCUAAACCAAGUACAACGAAUUGCGAGUCGCCGUCGUACCGGCAGUAUGCGCAGGCAUGGGUCGUGCAGGUCGGAUGCCCAUGCGAACUCGGGAGGCGUUCUUACAUUGACAAGCAGUUCCUUAGCUGGCGGCUCUCCUUUGGGAUCAAAUGGCAGCAGAAUACUCGAAGGCACCAGGCAUAUGCAAUACACUCGGAGACGGAGGGCCUCCUCAGCUGGAGAAGUUGAAGUUCACGGUUACGCCAUAUCAAGCUUGUGUCUGCCCCACCAGUCACUAUCACCGAGCAUGCAACAGCCGAGCUACCGAAGGUGACCGCACUCAGAAACGAAGACCCACCCCAAGCUCAUCUAAAAACAGCAUUGCGGUCUACACGCAAUCAUGGAUAUUUGAAAGGAUGCCAAAAUGAUAAACGGCCAGUCCGGUGAAAGUGAGAGGUAUUUGAGGCACUACUGGUACAUACUGCGUAUACAAGGGAAUAAAUUAUGCACCGAAACCAUAUAGAGUGCGCCCCGAGCGCUUCAGGGCAUACAC